GAAAGAAGAUUGGGACACAUUAAAGUUGGCAUUUUUACCACAUCGGGAUGAGGGGAAGCAACGAGUGUUACUUACCAUUCGUAUUGUGGAAGUAGCCAAACAUGCUGAUCCAUUAACUGCUCCACAUCUACUAGCACCUUCGAGUGGUGAGGAGAGUUUUGAACUCUUCUCAAAGAAGGUCUUCCAAUACCAAGCAAGAAAUGAGGAAAUAAGCUACUCCAAAUAUUUGGAAGAUGUUGGAAGGAAAUUGGUUGCUAGGUGCGGUGGAUUACCACUUGCGAUUGUGGUAUUGGGAGUUCUCUUAUCGACAAAGGAGCGAACACUUAGCAUGUGGAACAAAGUAUUUGAAAGCGUGAAUUGGCAACUUAAUGAAGGCCCACAGCAAUGCAUGGACAUAAUAGCUUUGAGCUAUACGGACUUACCGUAUUACUUGCAAUCAUGUUUUCUCUAUUUUGGUCUCUACCCAGAAGACUAUGAGUUCUCUUCUGAAAAAUUGAUUCGAUUAUGGGUUGCAGAGGGGUUUAUAAAACAGAGAGGAGAGGAAACUAUGGAAGAUACUUCGGAAGAGUACCUAGAAGAGUAG